CAUACGAAAAGUCGUUUUUAUCGGCUCUUUCAACAAUUAUCAAUGCUAUAACCCUCUUCUUAAUUGUCAACCAAACUAAUUACUUUACGGACCUGUCGCUUCUCAAGGCAGGAGCAUGUGGACAUCUUGUUGUAGCUGGUCCUGUCUGGAACCGACCGCCACAGUGGAAGAAACAAGCAGCUCAUGGCGUCAGGCCUACACCAACACAGGCUACAGCCUCUCCCCCACGUCCCCCGAGCACCUGUGCAAGGCCUGCGGAGGCCAGUUUAACACCAUCGCCAGGAAGCAUGUGUGUGUGGACUGUAAGAAGAGCUUCUGUGGCCGCUGCUCGGUGCAGCUGGAGCCGCCGCGCCCGCGCCUCUGCCACACCUGCCAGCGCUUCCACGGAACCUUCUUCGACCGGGCCCAGCUGAUGAGGCUGAAGGUGAGGGAGCUACGAGAGUACCUGCACCUUCAUGAGGUCCCCACCCAGACCUGCAGGGAGAAGGAGGAGCUGGUGGAGCUGGUUCUGGGACAGCACUCCCCCAGAAGCAGCAGCAGCAGCAGAGAGGCUGUGAGCAGGCCCGGGGCCCUGCCCUCCUCCCUGCCCGCCUCCCUGCCCGCCCUGCCCUCCUCCCUGCCCACCUCCCUGCCCUCGUCCCCCACGCCCUCCCUCGCCCCCACCAGCCCAGACACCUCCCCAGACCAGUCGGAGCAGCAUGGACCAGAGACGGAGGCGUCAGAGCAGAUAUCUGAGGAGGAGGAGGAGGAGGAAGAAGAGGAAGAGGAGGAAGAGGAGUCUUCAGACGGUGACGAGGCGCUGGUCCCGGGACGCAGGGCGUCGCUGUCCGACCUGAGCAGGGUGGAGGACGUGGAGGGGCUCAGCGUCCGACAGCUCAAGGAGAUCCUCGCUCGCAACUUUGUCAACUUCAAGGGCUGCUGUGAGAAAUGGGAGCUGAUGGAGAGAGUCACCCGCCUGUACCACGACCAGAAAGACCUCCAGAACCUCGUGUCCAACACUGAGAAUGAAGAAGAGUCCACGGCACCCAAAAGCCUACAGGACAACCUGUGCCGGAUCUGCAUGGACUCUCCCAUCGACUGUGUCCUGCUGGAGUGCGGUCACAUGGUCACCUGCAGCAAGUGUGGCAAGCGCAUGAGCGAGUGUCCCAUCUGCAGACAGUACGUGGUGCGGGCGGUGCACGUGUUCAGGUCCUGAUGCACAGGAGGUGGGGGGGGGGGGGGGGGGGGGUCAUGGAAGUAGAGGACUUUUUUUGUUGUCGUUGAGGCAAAACCACUGGAACCCUGUCCUUCCCUCUCCAGACUCUUCACUACUUGUCCUGAAGUCGUUUUCCUACUUCUAAGGUCCAUGGGUUCAUUUGAGAGGUCCCAUACAUCCGUGUUGGUGUGGUAGAUGUCAUGAUGCAGUGUCAAUAGCAGCUAACCCUUUCUGGUGUUUCUCAAACCUACACAACACAGGAUGGUAUCUGUGGCCCUGCCAGCAUGGCUGUGUUCCAUGCCAGUAUAGACUCAGAGGGUCCUGUAGCUCCAUGCAGGCCUUACUAGACGGGGUGAAACAGUUGUGAAGGCUAGCUUACUUUACAUAUCAACAAUCAACUACUAGAUGAUCCGUGUUGGUGCUAUCGGCCCAGGGCUGAAAGGAAACGUCUGUUGAAGGACCACCCUCUUUGAUGUAGAUGCUGACAGUGUCAACUUCUAGAUCAAGGAUAUGACUCUCAUAGGGACAUAUAACGCAAAAAAGGUCCUGCAAGGAAUGUGUUCACCAUUCUCCUCUGCUUGUGUUUCAUUCCCCUCACCUUAGCUGCAUCCCAGCGGUUGUGUUCAUUGGCUGUGUAGUUAUCGUCAGACGAUGACAUCAUCACUGGACACAAACUCAAGAAGAAGCUCGAGGAAAUAGCCUAAACAUUCGCCUGUUGAGAGGGAGGAAGGUUCCAGAUUAGGCUUCCAUUCAUGUUAAGUCAAAUACAAUUUCAAUGUAAAAAAUAAAAUAUAAAACUGAGAUUAGCAAUUUAAUUUGAAAGACACCAUGAGCCUUGAAAUGAGAAUCAGAAACCAACACAACGAUAAACAAGGCAUUCACAGCGUUUUAUCUGUUCUGUGGAAGAAUCUCUCAGAUGUGUUUGGCUAAACGCCCCAUGCUCCUACCCCUACUGUGUCAGAACAGCCACCCAGGAACCACCACGCUCCUACUGUUCACCUGCAAACAUUCACAAGAAGGACUCUUGAGUAGAUGUUUCGAUCGUUUCAGUAGCAUCUAUUUCAUAGCUAUUUUAAAUCACGAGCAGAUGAAUAUGGGCAACUUCGAAAGGUACCUCGCAUCCAGACAUGUUGGUAAAUAGUUUAACGGUUUAUUCUUGUGCUUUUUACUACUGUACAUGUUGUUUUAUAGGCAAUGAAUGAACCAUGAAAUAGCUCAUAAUGGAUAAUACACUCACUGUAUACAACUGUUUCAAGUAAUGCACAUCUCCUAGGAUGUUGUAAACAUCUCAGAUCACAUGGUCUGCCUGAACUGAAUGUAACUGGUUUUUGGUUGUUUUCAAUAACAAGACCAUUUCGUACGACUGUGACUGCCAAUAUCACAAAAGUUUUUUUUUUUUACACUUGUUUGUUUGGAUGUCUCUUGUCAAUAACUAUGCCGACAUCAUGCAAGAACAAUAGUCUCACAUGUACAGUGUUUAGGAGAGCAAAUGUUAUUAUGUCUUAUGGUUGUAAAAUAACAUUGUUUUCACAUCAA